CGAGCCACGACGGAUACAAUCGGUAACGUUUGCGAAGUUUUAAGACGGCGUCGAUAUAUCCAAGAGAGCCCAACGCGAUUCGGACGUCUAGCGAGUUUUUAAGCAAUGUAAAGCUUGGUUGCCACACUUGCUGAGGCGGUUUCGGCGCGACUGACGCGCUUCUAUCGUCGCCAUGUGAUUUGUUGUCGACUCGUCGGACCGGAGACGUGACGCCAUCGCAGGUCAUGGGCAACGCCUGCGGCGCGGGCUCGAGCGGCGCCGUGCGCGAGCAGCGGGCGAAGGAGGGAUCCGCCGAGCAGAUGUGCAAGCGGCGCGGGUCGUCCGUAAUAACGGACCGCAAGAUCAAGCGCCACGACGUGCGGCAGGACUACGACCUGGGGAAGCUGCUCGGCGAGGGCGCCUUCGGCAAGGUCCACGCGGGCACGCUGAAGCGCAGCGAGUCCGAGAAGGCCCCUAUUUCUACAACCGAGGGCGGAGAGUCGCCGUGCCCCGAGGAGAAGUGCGAGCGCGCGAUCAAGUUCCUCGGCGUCGCCGCGCUGAAGGCGACGGGCGUCGACGACGAGAUUAAUACGAUGCGUCGCGUGUCGCACCACCACAACAUCGUCAAGUUAUAUGAUUGUUAUUUGCACGGCGACCAUUUUGUGAUGGCGCUCGAGCUCUGCCGUGGCGGCGAGCUCUUUGAUCGUAUUGUGGCGAAGCAGCACUACUCGGAGCGCGAGGCGCGGAAGUGCUUCGCCCAGAUGGUCGAGGCGAUUGGGCAUUGCCACGCGCACGAAAUUGUCCACCGCGACCUCAAGCCUGAGAACCUAUUAUAUGCGGACGUCGAGGGCACGCCGAACGGCGAAGUGAUCAAGCUCGCGGACUUUGGAUUGGCGUCGACGCCUGUGUGGAAAUCAAAUUUCGGGCGCCCCACGCCAUCGACGCGAUGGCGUGGAGGCUCACGAAGUACCCUAACUCACUGGCUGAUUUCCACACAGGUCGAUCAUCCACGAGGACCAGCACCUGAAGUCGAUCUGCGGGAGCCCCGGUUAUCUGGCGCCCGAGAUCCUGACGCGCCAGGGCUACGGUAAAGAAGUUGAUAUGUGGACCUGUGGAGUCAUCCUCUACGUCCUGCUGGCGGGUUACCCGCCCUUCUGGGACCCGCGCAACCGCGAGCGCGUCAUCGAGGCGAAGAUCAAGCGCGCCGAGUACGAGUUCGACGAACCGGCCUGGAAGGACAUCUCGCCGUCGGCCAAGGAGCUCAUCUCGCAGCUCAUGACCCUCGACGUCGAGAAGCGCCUGACGGCGGAGGAGUGCUUCGAGGACCACGAGCACCGCCACGACCGCAGCGGCGCGCCCGAGUGGCUCCGCGACGACACCGAGGCCAUGGACUGCCACAUCCCCCACUUCUGCGACAACAUGCACAAGUACGUGCUGCGUCGCCACCUGAAGGGCGUCGUCGACGCCGUCAUCGCGACGAAGCGCAUGGGCUCGUCGCGCCUCAUGGGCCUCUUCGCGAGCGCGUCGGAGACGCCGACCUCGGGCGCCGCCACCGAGGCCACGCCCGCCGCGGAGGCGCCCGCCGCGGCGACGACGGCGUGAAGCGGUUACCUCCCGCAACCCCCCC